AUCCAGCGUGAAAAACUUCACGCUCCCCCGGCCCCGAUCUGCUUUCUGGAUUUCCGUCGGCCUCCUCCACGCGCCCUCGGGCCGUUGGCGUCGGAAAGGAAACGAAAUUCGGGGACCUGUGAGGAGGACGCACUGCACCCUCCCGUCCCCUGUCCGGAAAAAUCCUUUCUUUAAGAUUUGUCUUUUGCAGCAGAAAGAAAUACUCGAGGGAACGUCCAUCCAACAAGCUGCUUUUGCUCAUUUGGAACCGUUACUGGACCGAGUAAUAUGGAUAGAUCAGAUGAUAAAAUCACAAAUACAUUUGAAGAGAAACAGAAAACACAGUUGCAGAAGCAUUUGGGGCCUCAAGAACCGCCACAGAAUGCGGUCCCCUCUUUCCCACAGAGUGGCGUGGAUGAAAGAAAUGCCAAACAAGAUGAAACUUCAGUUAAGGACUCUAGCGAAAGCGGUGAUUUGGUGUCUCAGAAACACGUCACUGAGUUCAAAUAUCCAACAACUGAUGUUGGGUCUGGUCCAUUACUUAAUUAUUCUUCAGGCGUAACUAGUGCAUCUAAAAUAAAAGAUGGAUCUGCAGUAAAAGCAAAUAGAAGUGAGCAAAGCCCAAACGUAAGCUCUUCACUUGAAAGUAGGCGUGAGCCCUCAAAGAAAACAAUGCAUUGGUUUUCACCCAUAAAACUUAAAAUAAAUCUAGAAUGUGAUGAAGAUAACCUUGUAAUUGAUGCACCACCACUAGUAUCUGUUGCCAAAAAGCCUAGAAGAUCUAGGUGUGAAGGAAACUUUCAGAGUAGUAAUACAAAACUAGCUUUGCUGGGGGCAGUGAAAGAGCAGGGAAAUGUAGAUAAAUCCGCCUUACAAAAACAUGGCCAUAGUAAGGUGAACCCAUCUAAGAAGCCAGGGCUAGCAGUUGAAAAUGCAGACUUCCAUAGCUCGGAGAGCUGCGUUUUUAAAAUGGAAAGAUGCAGUGAGAAUAAACAGCAUCUGUUUCGCUCAGAAGAAAGUAAAUCUUCAGCACCUCCUCCUAAAACACAAAAGAAGAAAAAGUCUGAGAAAGAUCAUUCAAAGGAUGAAAUACUGGUGAAAAGGAAAUAUGUUCAAGAAGAACAGAAGAAGGAGUUCCCACAUGUAUCCAAUGUUAGUCAGCCGGGGGUUCCUUCCUCCACGAGGAAUUCAGAAGAAAAACUUAAAUUAGGAAAAGCCAUUCAAACUCCCGGAGCAAAAAUGAAACGAGGAAAAUCGGACAGUCUAGACUGUGAUAUGCAGCCUUCUCUUUCGAAGAAAUCAUGUACCAUUGUUAAACCUGAUGGUGGGAUAGAUCCCUGUAGUAGUAAAGGAAGUAAGAGUACCAAAAUCACCAGCGAUUUAAUUGCAACAAAGGCUAAAGAGGAACUUACUGAAGACAGCACACCGUCUUCUGACUCUUCUGAAGAUCCAAUUGAAGAAUGUCGUAGAAUUUUCGAUGAAUAUGAAAAAGAAAUGAAGGAGAAACCCAUGGCUAAAAAGGUUUUAAUAAAGCCUGUAGAACGGACCACUUCGAGUUCUGAGAUCAUUUUGGUUCCUAGACAAAAGAAGAGAAUUGCACAUACUGCCAAGUUUGAAGUAACCAGAAAACCCACUGUGUCACCGAAGACAACAGUCACAGCACAAGUUCAUCAUACGAAAGUUCGAAAGGGUCAAAAGUCCUCUCCCUGGAUAGCAAGUGGUGUUAAAAGUGGUGAGUCCAGUGUUGCUACCACAAAUGAAAAGACUGCAGUUAAACCUCUAACUGCUCAGAGCCAGGAUAUUAAACCACAAGAAGAUGUUUUGAAAACACCAUGCUGCUCUACUGUUCCAGAAGAAAAUAUUUCUCUUGUGUCUCAGGUUACUGAGUGGAAAAGAUCUUUAGGAGUACCAUAUUAUACACCCAAAGUACCUCAGGAAACAAGACAACGCUACCUCAACUUAUUUGUGAAAGAACAUUUGGAGCAUGGCAAAACUGUAAAUGAGGCUUUUGAAGAGGCAAAAAAAGAAGAAAAGGCAAUAUAUGACCGUUGUGGCAGUAAAAAGAUGUAUUUGAACAUUGCCGUUAAUACUCUGAAAAAACUGAGAAAUCCAAUUCCUAAACCUCUGAGUGGCCAGGGGGCCAGCACAGGAAGCAGUGAAACUAAGGGUACAACACCUCAAGAACCUGGAAUGGCGGGGGCUGCUCUCUACAGACAUCUUAGAGAAUACAUUUUAACUGGACAACAAUUAUAUGAAAAUAACUAUCCCCAGCCAAAUCCAGGACGACCAGGAAAUGCUGUCUUCUAUAAUGAAGGGCGCAAAUGGUAUCUCGAGGAUGGAACCAGGCGGCUUUGCUGUCGAUGUGGGAAAAUAUACAGUGUGACUCCUUCGGGCAGCCACGUUCAGAAAGCGGAAUGCUCCUAUCAUUUUGGAAAAAUGCUGAGAUAUGAAGCUGGUGGUUUGGAAACCCUCUAUAGCUGUUGCGAUGGUGGAAUUGGUUCUUCCGGAUGUCAGACUGCCAAGUUUCAUGUCCACGAUGGCAGAAAGGAAAGCCUGGAUGGCUUUGUGGAGACAUACAUCAAAUAUCCUCCGUUUGAUGGUAAUCCUGGUGUGUAUGCAGUGGACAGCGAGAUGAGCUUCACAACCCAGGGACUUGAAGUUACUAGAGUGACUGUGGUCGAUCCCAACCUCACGGUUGUCUACGAUACGUAUGUUAAACCGGACAAUGAAAUCAUUGAUUACAACACUAGAUUCUCCGGAGUGACCGAAGAGAAUCUGAAGAAUGUUACAACUUCCAUCCGAGAUGUACAAGCAGUGAUGUUGAACCUGUUCAGCGCAGAUACCAUUUUAAUUGGACAUAGCUUUGAAUGUGACUUAUAUGCCUUGAAGCUCAUCCAUAACACCGUUGUGGACACAGCCGUUGUGUUUCCUCAUCAGCUGGGCCUUCCGCACAAAAGACCUCUUAAACAGCUCAUGGCUGAAUUCCUGAGGAGAAUUAUUCAAAAUGGCGUUGGCCAUAGUUCUGCCGAGGAUGCAGCUGCUUGCAUGGAACUGAUGCUCUGGAAAGUGAAGGAAGAUAAUAAAGGAAGAAAAUGGCCCAGAUUUCCAGUACCGUUUUGAAUACAUAUAGCUGUGACCUCUGCAUCUCUUGAGUGUCCUCUGCCUAACAAACAAGGUCACAAAUAGUAAAGAGAAAAAACCCGUAGAUUUAGUUCAUUUGUUGAAACUUAAAAGUGAUUUAAAAAGAAUCCUAACAAAGAUUUUUCUUUAAAAAUAAUUGUUUUUGUUAAAAUAAGUUUUAUUUUGUACUGAUGAAAAGAGGGCUGUGAAAUUGCAUUGGCUAACAGUCACUCUGACAGUAAUAUUUUCAGUUUAUAAAUAUGCACCACUAAGGAUAGAAUAAGUUUUCAAAUUUAGCAACCGCAACGCGUACGUGCCAUCCAUUUGUAAAAAUGUACUGAUGGAUAGAUAAUAAGUUGAAUAGAUAUGCACUGAUAGAAAUACUGCUGAUAGUAUGCACACUGUAGUGUUUAGUACUCUAUGUAUUGUGAUUGGCUCUAGGAGGAAAUACUUACUGCAAGUCUGUUACCUCUUUUUGAACUAUGCUUAAAAGAAUUUUAAAAGUAUACUGAUUUGAGUAGUUUGCAAAUUUAUUAGACUUAUAGACUUACCAUCAGAUUCUUAUAAGUCGAACUUUGUAAAAAUCAACUUGCGUCUUUUGAGAAAGCUGACCACUCAGAUUUGCUAAGCAUUUUUACCUCCUCUUAUUCUUUCUAUUAAAGUUUGACUGUU